CAUGUUUGGUGUAUGAAGAGAAAGAUCCUCUGAAGUAUAUUUCAGAAUGGUUCUCCAUGUCCAAAUUUUGGAGCACAUAUAAGCAUGUAAUGAUCCCAAUGGCAGGGCUUUCAUCUUGGGAGCCUAGUGAGUACGAGCCAUUGCUCCCUCCUGCAUUUCAUAGAAUGCCUGGCAGACCAAAGAAAAAAAGAAUUAUCACUGCAGAAGAGAGGGAAAACCGAAAGAAGCCAAAGAAGCAACGUGUGUACAGUAGAGAAGAAUUAUUGGCACCGGAUAAGAAUGAUCCCUCCAAGUUGUGUCGAGCAGCUAUAGUGAUUACAUGCAAAGAAUGUCGUGCAGAAGGACACAAUAUUCGGACAUGUCCUGUGAAGAAAGCCAAACAGAUGGGAGGUAGCACCAACUCUCAAGGAAUAAGACUUGGAAUGUCAACUCAGAUGGUGGCUGAUGUACUACAAAGGCAUGACCAAUAUGUAGCCUUGAAUAUGGGACAUGGAGGAACACAAGAAAGCUCCACCACCACGACUACAGAACUCUAGAGUACUUGCAUC